AUGAUAACAGUACCAUCGAAUAUUGCACAAAAUUUUUUCUAUUCAAAGAGAAUCAAUUAUUUCUCUUGUGAUAUGAAUAAAUUAAUUACACCAAUCGGUUAUUGUUUUAAUCAAGUUAAAUCGCUGACACUUUCGGGUUCAUCAUUAUUAUCAUUAAAUAUUCUAUCAUCGAUUGUUAAUCUUCAGCAAGUUCAAUAUCUCGAUGUGACCAAUAUUCAUCUCUUGUUACCUGAUGAACUUGAAAAUCUGAUUGCUCAUACUCCUCGUGUCACUAGUUUAUCAAUGAAAUUCGAUCCAUUAUUUAUUAUGCCUUCACAAACUCGUUAUCUUCUAUUGGAAGGUCUUGGUCAAUCGAUUUCUCUUGAUAGACUUUCUUAUACAAUAUCAUCCGUUGAAAGGCUAGAGAUAUCCAUGACAUCAAAACAAAUGAUUAUUGAUGUUAUUGAUCGAUUCAAUGGUCUGGAAAAUCUUGAUAUAUUCUUUGAUGAUGAUGAUCUUGAUGAUGAUUGUAUGACUAUUAAUAAAGGUGUAUCAAUUGAUUGGUUAGUGGAACAUACGCAUUGUCUCAAGUCACAUGAUUUUACCUGUCGAUAUUCCAGAGAUUUCUACCCAUCAAUUUACUUGUCGUUUGGCGACCGACGAAAAAAAAAUGACAAUCAAGAUUAA